GCCGCGCUGAUUGACAGGCAAGAUGUCGGUGUGGGAGCCAGGCAGAAGGGGAUGCAGCAGCCAGCACGGGAGCCAGGCAGCAGCAUCAGCAUCAGAGCAGGAGGCAAUGCAGACAGCAUCUUGGAGGAGCCUUUAAUGCACACCGCCCCCCUCCCAUCAUCCCCACCUCCACAGCCUCCAGCGCCAGGUGGACAAUGCAAGCCUCUCACUGCAAGGGGCAAACCCGGAUCUCACCCUCCGUGAGCAGAAAGAAACUGCCACCCAAAAUUCUGCAUGGAGCUGGCGUGUAAACAGAGAGGCUCCCCGGUCGCUGCCACCGCCACCGGCUCCUGAGUGCACACACACAGCAUCAGCACCACUACCUGGGGUGUCAGCAUCUCUCCGGCGCGCUCUCCCCCCACCCCUUCGGAGGAGGCACUCGUAGGGGAGAGGACACUCGAAUGGAGGCUGCUUGACACACAAUCAGAUCCACUCUUGCUAUUUAUUUAUUUAUUUAUUUGAUUUGAUUUGGGAGGGGGCUUGUUGUGUCCAGUGGAAAGAUGCUGGCUCCCUUCACAUUGCAUUGUUGAGGGGUAGGGGUGGGGAGGAGGAGGUGGGGGUGGUGGGGGGGGGAGUGGGACACCACCAUCCCUUUGAUCUGGGAGGAGGAGGAGGGGGCUGCAAAGCGAGCUAUGGAUGAGGAAAACAUGACGAAAAGCGAAGAGCAGCAGCAUCUGAGUUUGCAGAAAGCCUUGCAGCAGUGCGAGCUGGUCCAGAACAUGAUCGAUAUCAGCAUCUCCAACCUGGAGGGGCUCCGGACCAAAUGUGCCACUUCCAACGACCUGACGCAAAAAGAGAUCAGAACCCUAGAGAGCAAGCUGGUCAAGUACUUCAGCCGCCAACUCUCGUGCAAGAGGAAGGUGGCCCUGCAGGAGCGCAAUGCCAAGCUGGAGGGCUUCCCUCAGCUCCUGCACUGGUUCCGCAUCGUGGACAUCCGUAAGGAGGUCAUGGAGGAAAUCACCCCUGGCCAGCUGAGCCUGGAGGACCUUCUGGAAAUGACGGAUGACCAGGUCUGUGAGACGGUGGAGAAGUUUGGGGCCAACAGCGAGGAGUGCGCCCGGCUGAACGCCUCCCUCUCCUGCCUCAGGAGCGUCCACAAAUCAGGAGGCAGCCUUUCCAAGCAAGACUGGACCAUCCAGUGGCCGACGCCAGAAACGGGGAAGGAGAACACCCCCGUGUGCCAGCCCGAAUCCAUGCAGUGGAUCAGAACACACCUUUCCCAGAGCCCCAAAGUGCAGGCCAAGUGCAUGCAGCGCUACUGUCACCCGGGUUCGGCCCAUGGGCCGACAUACGCCCACGUGGAGAGACUGACUGUGGAGGGCUAUCCCGGGCUGUGCCCCCCGCUGGAAGCUGGCCACCGCUCCUUGCCGCCAUCCCCCCGGCAACGGCACCCUGUUCACACCCCCCCACGGACGCCUAACAUAGUCACCACCAUGACUCCUCCCGGCACGCCGCCAGUGAGGCGGAGAAACAAGCUGAAACCUCCGGGGACACCGCCCCCGUCGUCCCGGAAACUGAUUCACCUCAUCCCCGGCUUCACGGCCUUGCACCGGAGCAAGUCGCACGAGUUCCAGCUGGGCCAUCGAGUGGACGAGGCACACACGCCCAAAACAAAGAAAAAGAACAAGCCCCUUAACUUAAAGAUUCACAACAGUGUGGGAAGCUGUGAGAACAUCCCCUCCCAGCGCUCUCCCCUCCUGUCCGAGCGCUCCCUGCGUUCCUUCUUUGUGGGACACCCGCCUUGCGUUCCUUCCACUCCUCCUGUCCACAUGGAAGCCACCUUCUCAGCAAAUACGCUGUCAGUGCCUCGCUGGUCCCCACAGAUUCCCCGCCGUGAUCUAGGAAACUCAAUCAAACACAGAUUUUCCACCAAGUAUUGGAUGUCUCAGACAUGCACCGUCUGUGGGAAAGGAAUGUUGUUUGGAUUAAAAUGUAAAAACUGCAAGCUAAAGUGCCAUAACAAAUGCACCAAAGAGGCCCCACCCUGUCACAUACUGAUCAUCCACCGUGGAGGGAGACGAGCUGUCCGAUGCGAGGCAGAUUUGCAUUCCAAACCACUUCCACCCACCCUCCCCCUGCCACCUUUUCUUUUCAGAUUCCCCACAACGCGGGCAAGAUUAGUCCGGACAGAAUCUGUGCCGUGUGACAUCAACAAUCCUUUACGAAAGCCCCCCAGGUAUUCCGACCUGCACGUCAGCCAGACCCUUCCCAAAACCAACAAAAUCAGCAAGGACCAUAUUCCGGUGCCCUAUCAGCCAGAUUCCAGCAGCAACCCCUCCUCAACGACAUCCUCCACCCCCUCCUCGCCGGCCCCACCGUUACCGCCCAGCGCGACUCCGCCAUCUCCCCUCCACCCCUCCCCGCAGUGCACGCGGCAGCAGAAGCAGUUCAACUUGCCAGCUUCCCACUACUACAAGUACAAGCAGCAGUUCAUUUUCCCAGAUGUUGUGCCUGAGACACCGACCCGAGCACCUCAAGUUAUCCUUCAUCCAGUGAAUUCUAAUCCAAUCCUUGAAGGAAAUCCAUUGCUUCAAAUUGAAGUGGAGCCAACGUCCGAGAAUGAGGAGGGGAAUGACGAGGCCGAAGAGUCUGAGGAUGACUUUGAGGAGAUGAACCUCUCCCUCCUCUCUGCUCGCCACUUCCCACGCAAGGCCAGCCAGACCAGCAUCUUCCUCCAGGAGUGGGACAUCCCCUUUGAGCAGCUGGAGAUCGGAGAGCUGAUUGGCAAAGGCCGUUUCGGCCAGGUGUUCCAUGGUCGCUGGCACGGCGAGGUGGCCAUACGCCUCAUCGACAUCGAGAGGGACAACGAGGACCAGCUGAAGGCCUUCAAGCGGGAGGUGAUGGCCUACAGGCAGACGCGGCACGAGAACGUGGUGCUGUUCAUGGGGGCCUGCAUGAGCCCUCCCCACCUUGCCAUCAUCACUAGUUUGUGUAAAGGACGGACGCUGUACUCAGUGGUGAGAGAUGCAAAAAUUGUCCUGGAUGUCAACAAACGAGGGCAGAUAGCUCAAGAGAUUGUGAAGGUACGGGAAUGGGGGUACUUGCACGCGAAGGGGAUCCUUCACAAAGACCUCAAGUCUAAAACAUUUUCUAUGACAACGGGAAGGCGGGUGAUCACGGACUUUGGGCUCUUCAGAAUAUCGGGCGUUCUGCAAGCAGGCAGGAGGGAGAAUAAGCUGCGGAUCCAGAAUGGCUGGCUGUGCCACCUGGCGCCGGAAAUCAUCCGCCAGCUCUCGCCUGACACGGAAGAGGACAAGCUGCCCUUCUCCAAGCCCUCAGACGUUUUUGCACUUGGCACUAUCUGGUAUGAGCUGCAUGCGCGGGAGUGGCCUUUCAAGACGCAACCGGCAGAGGCAAUAAUAUGGCAAGUGGGAAGAGGGAUGAAGCCCAACCUCAGCCAGAUCGGCAUGGGCAAAGAGAUAUCGGACAUCCUUCUCUUCUGCUGGGCGUAUGAACAAGAGGAGAGACCCACCUUCACCAAGCUCAUGGAGAUGCUGGAGAAACUGCCAAAGCGGAACCGUCGCCUUUCGCACCCCGGGCACUUUUGGAAGUCGGCAGAGUAA